GUACCUUUGGUUUUUCUGCACCUACGACUAGAUAUCAUUAAUCGUCCAGGCCGCUGGUUGUGCCCUUUCCUCAGCGGCACUUUCGGACCCAAAUGGAGAUACGAAGCCCGGAACGUACAUAAUUGUGGGUGGUAUAGUGUUCCAAAUGAUGACUAUCACCGUGUUUACUAUUUGUGCCGCUGAUUUACUAUGCCGUAUCGUCCGCCGCAGAUUGCUUUAUCUGAUAACAAGAGAAGUGAAACUGUUUCUGAUUGAUACCACAACUUCCGUGGCGUGCAUAUAUAUUCGAAGUAUUUAUGAAUCAUUGAGCUGCUGCAGAGUUGGUCUGGUUGCCUUAUAACGCAUGAGAAGUACUUCGUUGCCUUCGAUGGAGCUAUGAUGGUAGCAGCAGUGGCCGUGUUCAACUUUUUCCACCCUACUCGACUUAUACCGGCCGAUAUGGUUCAGUGAACGGGGCGUUCGCAUCUAUAGGUCAUGAAAUGGCACCUUCCAGGACGAAUAGUUCUCCCGCAAAUGUACUAUGGUAUGCUUGUAGAUACGGGCCUACACAGUCAAAAUAGAUCGGCUCACCGAAGCCUAGGCUGAGCCCACGAAAAUGGGAUUGGAUGCCUAGAGCCGAUGGAUGAAGGAUCUGUGCUUCCUAUUUU